AUGCCUCGCCGGCCAGUGAAGCCACAAGAUCGUCAACGGGUUGUCAGGGCAUGCGAUCAAUGCAAGUCAUCCAAAAAGCGUUGCGAUGGCAGUCAGCCCUGCUCCGCGUGUCAGAAGAAAGGAUACGAUGGGUUCUGUCAUUAUACUGCUGGUCGGCGACACCACCCAUUGCCGCAACCCCCGUCUGCACUUUCGCAGCUAGUUCUAGCACAGGAUGUGCCCAUAGUAUUCGAAGGAAGCAGGGCCAGCGAGGCCAUACUUUCUCCUGACUCAUGGGAUUUACAAGGCUCUACAACCUUGUUAGGGGGAAAUUCAGGACCCAGCUUUGUCAACUUGAUGCAAGGGCGCACGUCUGAGGAAAGCACACGCACCGCCGAUACGCGAGGCUCGUCAAUGGAAGCCACGGCUCAACCGUCUGUCAUGCUGUCGAGUGUCAGUGGGGAGAAAGUAUUCGUGGGCAACACGGCGGCUAUAUCAUUCUUGCAGUUUCUUCAGAAGACAUUGGAACGCCAUGUUGGCCCUUCUGGUUUCACGGAUGCUCAAGAAAGUCGAAAGCUGUUUGAAGCAGAUGCUGUCAACAAUGGAUCAAGCCGCUUCUAUGAUGGGCUUUCUGUCGAAGACAAGAAGGCGUACAUACAGUACUUCUUCGACGCCUCAAAAGGUCUCCUCGACUUGUACACUUGGGAGGAAGUAUGUCACAUGUUGUAUACAGAGACACACCAAAAUACUCGCGAUGCAUCUCCCACCUCACAUAUCUCAACAGGGUUCGAAUCAGCCGCACUCUAUCUUAUGGUCGCAAUUGGCGCUCAGUGUUACGGGCCGACCAAAGAUGCUGCGGUCUGGGCGGCUGAACUGUUCUCUUUUGCGCGCAAAUUGGCCUUCGCACAAAUGCUAGAGAGCCCAUGCUUGGACCUUGUCAGAGUGUUUCUCCUCAUGGCAUUUUACAUGUUUGGAGCUUGUCGGCGCAAUUCGGCCUUCAUGUAUCUUGGCAUUGCCUCUAAAUCUGCCGACAUAUUAGGCUUGCACAUGUCUGCUCAACAGAAGCAUACUGCUGCUUCGACUCGAAAUGCAAGACUUCGAGCGGCCAAAAGCAUACGCGUAUUCGACGUUGUGUGCAAUUCUAUACUUGGGCGGUCAAGUAGUACCCCAUCGCUCAGGCCGGGUCAAUCUAGCUACGUUAGUGACAGGUCUGAAGAUGCAGCUGACAUUGUGUACCGAGCUCUGGCACUUGGUGCUACAUACGAGAUAACAUCAGUCCUCGAUACCGCUGUCAAAAAGUCCGCCGAAGGUGAGCUCGAUGUAGACACGGCUGAACGCCUUGUCCUGGCUCUGCAACAAAAGACUCGGGAUUUUCCUUCCAUACUGCGAAGGUCGAGUGAAAAGGCUCCGACCGGUAUCAGACAUAUCAUCAUUGGUAACAUGCACGUUUCCGGCGCGUAUUACUUUAGUGUGAUCUUGAUCACACGACAAUUUCUUAUAAAACACAUAGUACCUCAGCUUUCAGACGCGAACAGGUCACCGCAGCAUCACGAUGUGGCCGGAAGAUCGAAGGUUGAUCAAUUAGCCGAUGCUUGCAUCGAAGCAGCCACGUUCAUGGCGCGCAUGUGUCACCGGGUCAUGAAAUCUGGCCACCUACUCGGCAAUAUGUGUAUACUCAAAGCUUGGAUGUUUGCUACGGGCCUGGUAUUGGGCUUUUCGCUCCUUACUGAAGACAUGACGCAUACCUCGGGACGACAGGCAGCUUUUCUUAAAUCGCUUAAUGUAAUGGGCGAACUCAGACAUCUCAGUCCUCAAGCAGAGCAGUACUACGGGAUUUUGUCGAGUUUUCACCAAGCUAUAAAUGCUUACAAGGAGCGUGCCCAGCGCAAAAAACGUGCUUCCCGAGGCACGCUGGUAGACUGUGUGUUCUUGCCGGGAGGGGCAGAUGACCGUAGUGGAUCUGAGGCGGCUAUUGCAACACAAUUGCCAAGUCCGGAUAUGACUAUGCAGGACAUUUCGUCUGUAGAAUGGCUUGACAGCCUUCCGCUAGAUGGACUGAACGAUAUAGAACCAGUCAAUCUUACAUUGAUGGGGGACAACGAUAUCAUCAUGCGCAUGCUUUGGGAGUCGGAACAGUACGCGAUGGACUAUCCCGCUGGCAUGCUGCCUGAUGCAGAACAUACUGCUACACAGAACACGGGUGCUCUGCUAACCUGA